AUGAUGACAAAGAUUCAGAAGAAGAAACUCUUACUGGCCAGUUCUAAUGUUUUAACAGAUUUCCUUAAGAACUACAGCAAAGCUGGGCAACAAAUUCACUGUCUUGAUGAGUAUACUACCCAACUGACAAAACAAGCCAUUACUGCCAUGAAGACUGGAAACAAGGGGAAAGCACUCCAGCUGCUGAAACACCGAUGUGUGGCAGACGGAAUCAAACACAUGUACCGUCAGUAUCGACAACUCAAGUGGACUCAAGCUCGGAGGCUUGCUCUCAGUGUGGCCAGUACAAUCAACCCCAACCUUCCCCUCCCUCAUCGCCCCCAUGACAACCAGGAAGGAGUGGAGGAAAUUCAGGUGGAAAAAUAUGCACAGACAAUGAUGGUGGCCCAGUGUAACUUUAGUCGGAACAGUUAAACAUCAACAAUGAUGGUGGCCCAGUGUAACUUUAGUCGGAACAGUUAAACAUCAAAAUUGAGGGUGGCCCAGUAACACUUACUGGAACAAUUAAAUAUGGAACAGAAAAUGACAGUGGUCCAGUAACGUUUGU